AUGAGAGUUUUUGUUUGCGGAUGCGUUCAUGGUUCAUGGGAUAUAGUUGUUGAUGAGGUGAAUAAGCUUGUGGAGAAUGGCACCAAACUUGAUUUAAUUAUUGUCGCGGGUGAUUUAGAGGCUUUUAUCACAGAAUCGGAUUUGCUGUCUUAUAAGAGACCAAAUGGAACGCAAGGUUUCGGCUCAUUUCAUAAAAUAGCUAAUGGAGAGAAACAUCUUCCCUGCAAAAUGCUUGUAAUUGGCGGAAAUAACGAAUCCACCGAUAUUAUUUUUCAGCUUCCAUUCGGAGGGUGGAUUACACCAGAUGUCUACUUUGCUGGCAGAGCUUCUCAAAUUUAUUUUGGUGACCUUUUGAUCACAUGCACUAGUGGAGUAUAUAACGUGAAAAACUAUUGGAAAAAAGUCUAUGAACAUUUCCCUGUAAGAAAAAAGGAAUGCUAUUCUGUGAAUCAUACACGAGCUUUUUCAAACUUUCAAGUUUAUGGGCUUACGCAGUUGAACAUAUUCGUUACGCAUGAUUGGCCAUCAGGAAUUCCUAAAAUGUUUAGAGAUAUAAUCCCAAAAAAAUCUCUUGUUGACUCAGAUGACUCUAAUGACUUUGGAAUGCAAGACUAUCGAAAAAUCCUAGAAAAAAAGCAACCUAAAUAUUGGUUUGCAGCACAUCAUCACAUAAAAUUUGAAUGCGAACCAAAUCCAGGCACCAAAUUCAUUGCUGUUCCUAGAGUGAUUCAAGAUAAUUGGUAUUCAUUACAAACUUUUGAUGAGAAACCGGGUGAUUUCAUGAUUUCAGGAGAGUGGAUUAAUAUUCUCAAGAAAACAGAAGAAUAUAUGAAGGACCCAAGUGUUCUUAAAGACAUCGAUUGGGAUGAAGAAUGGACAAAAAUCAAUUCCUUACCUUCUGCUGAUUUACCAAUUAAAGUACCAGUGAUGGAAUAUAAUAAUGACUAUAAGGUACAGACUGCAAAAUUCUGUGAAACUUAUGGAAUUUACAACCCUAAUAUUAUGUAA